UUUUUUGCAAAUCGAAAGAAAAAGAAAAACAAACUCCAUGGUCGCCACUAUUUCAUCCGCCUCCUCCUGGGCGACAGCCGGGCGAACCGGCACUCUGAUCGGAAAACCUCAGACCUUGGCUGGUGACGGCGCUGGAGGUCGUUCUGGACAACUUCCAUCCGCCACAAACGCAGAAGUAGACGCGAAUCUCUUGUCCGGUCGCAACAGCAACUCGACAAGAUUGGUAGGACCCGAGAGCAAGUUCUUUCUGGCGAGGGGAGAUGAGUACACUGGCACGUCGUCGCGAGAGCCGGGGGACCGUUACAUCACAACUACAUCUUCAAACAGCAGCAACUAUAACAACAGCGCCACUUCUUCUGCCGACGGCAAUAGGUGUGGUAGCAAGACAAAAAAAACGAUGUCAACUACACAAAGUGCAGCGACUUUGUUCUCUCUACCCAAAGAAAACGUGAACAAAGAUUUCCAGGCGUACCCCUUUGCAGCAGCAACGAAGGGCUCGAUUUUAAAACAACAAGAUAAAGGAAACUGCUAUAGCCGGAGCAUCAAACAGGAGGACCAGGCGGAGAGCGAGGGCUCGUCGUGCGUCAACAAUUUCCACUAUGCAACAACAUCUAGUAGGCCUGGGUCGAGUUGCACCGCGGAUUCCUUUUUGCCACCGAAUUUGCUAUCAACAAAUGGAGAUGCAAAUUUUGUCGGCGCGGCUGGAGAAGCAGCAGUUCGUGUACCACCUCGUCCGGGUACUGCUGCUUUGUCGACUUCUUCCACUUACGAAAAGAACAAUCAGGUGGAUGGACAUGAUGGAAGAAGUAGCGGUCGUUUUGAAGACACAGUAGACACAGGCACAGCAAAAGAUUCGACGUCGACGGCGGCGCUCAGUUCCUCUUCCUCACCUUCUCAACUACAAACCUGUGAAAUGAUGAUCAAGCCGAAGCCCCGACAUCAAACCGUGACUUUCGCAGAGCUACCCGGAGUGGAUGAAUUUCCUCGACGCGUGGAGCAAGCUCCUGACGAAGUGGCAGAUCCAGAUGAUCAGCGGAACGACACCAUCAAGACGAGCAAAACAUCUGCAGAACUUGUAGCCGGGCGUAGUAGAAGCAGCUCAUCCCAUGCAGGCGCAGCGGAGAUGAAGACGGAGAGUGCAACAAAGGAACGGCUACCGGAGGUCGACAGAGAAAAUGGUAGUAACUCAACAUCGACCUUCCCCUCUGGCACUACGACCGGCAGCAGAAUUCGCAGUGCCUUGGCGAAAAGUAAGCAAGAAGCAGCUUCAGGGAUGCGAAGUGAGACAGGACAUCCAAAAUCCACAGGAGAUGAAACAAACACCUCUUCUACUACGUCUACGCAGCCCGGUACUGCUUCGAAAAAAGCAGUCUUCUCCCAGAAAAUCGGUCUUCAACAGCAGUGCACGGUGCAUAAACACAACAACCGACUUGAAGACGUGGUGGCUGAGGCGGUGCUGAAUAAAACGAAAAGCGAAGUUGAGAACAAGCAUGAAACUCCUACAGGUGUUUCAUCUGCUUCUCCACCCUCUUCAGAACUUCCUGUCCCCUUGUCGCUCCGGAAAGUCGGGGGAACAACUACCACUCGUGGCCCACCAGAACGACACCGACAACCGAAGCGACCUUUGAAAAUCUUGGAAACCGUAUCCGCAAAAGACCAAGAAGCCGCCCGAACGGUGAACCAGCAACGGGCGCACACGGAGGCCGUCAAGCUGUUUUGUCACCAGCACCUGCUUUCGCAGCGGGCGGUGCCGAUUAAAAAGUUGGGGAAACUGCACACGCUGUUGGACUUGAUUUCCCUCGACCAGGGGACGGAGGCGUGCGAGCUUUGGCCGUUUCCAGAUUGCUUCGAGAUGAGCUUCUACAUCCACCUCACACCCACGGCGAAGGCGGAUAAGGUGGAGCAAACCACCAAAGAGCGAUGGUCCGUGAUGUCAUUGACGACCCGCGGCUCCCCCGAGCCGUCAAUCGCGAUCGAAGCGAUGGGGCACCGGUUGUAUUUCAAAUUUCUGGUGUUAGACGGCUCGACGAAGGAGGUUGUGACUGUGGAAACAGAUGUCUACCUUCCGCCGGACGAUUGUCACAGGAGGGUGCAGAUUCUGGUUUACCACGAAGCAGAAAUAAUCUCGGGAACGACAACGUCCUCCGCUCAGCAGGAGGGGGCUUCUGCUGCACAAGGAAGUGUGAGCGCAGCUGCAGCCUCUGACAUCAACCAAUCGAAUAAGUCAUCAUCGAGGACCGUCAAUAGCAGUAAACUGUACCAAGCCAAAUGGACGGCGAAGAUUGUGAUCAAUGAGAAGAAACUGUAUCGGAUGGAUCUGAAGCAGGGAAUCGUGUGGCUUUCUUCAGCGGCGUUUGGCGAAUUCAGUGCGGCCAUGUACGGAGCAAGAAAUGUUGAUCUGAGCCGAGGGCCGCGGGAGAGAGCCGCUAGAUCCUCUUCAGCAUCCUCCGCUUCUUCUUCCUCGUCCUCGCUCGAAGUUCUGGACGCGGGGGAGAUGAACACUUCUACCGAAGAACCAGGAGAAAAAUAUCGCAAGCAUGCUCGGGAAGGCAGUAUCAGUAACCAAGCUGCACCGACAAAUCAUGUUACGACCGAGGAGCAGGACGUCGAAAGGGACCUCGCCAUGCAUCCGAUCGUGCAAGUGGGAAACUGCGACCCCGAGAUUACGGCUCCGAGCUGGCUAUAACCUGUUCAGGUGUUACAAUCUCAAGCGUUACAAUAGAAUCUGGAAUUUGUGUUGCAAGAAGUGCAUUAUCUAUCCAACUCGCAUAGGAUUGCGCAUGACAAGUUCUGGAGUCCCGAUCCGCAUAUACAAUCUGGCGAAAUUUGUAUUGCUGAAAGUGGAAUGCCGCGGGAGUCUGUCAUGCUCAUCAUGCAAUACAAAACCCAGAUUCUAUUGUAACGCUUGAGAGUGUAACGUUUGAGCAGGCUAUACUGGCUCUUGAAGGACUUGAAGUACCGGCACUUCGAGGUGGUGCGAAAGUAUGAAAGUGCACAACUCCCCCUCCCCCUCAUUUGUAUGGCAUGAAUAGCAAUACAAAGACCAGCACACGUGGAGCCAGUGCAUGACAAGUUUCUUAGCCUAGCGUAGUACUGUUUCAGCUUCCGGGAUUUGUGAUGCAAACCGUGCCACAAGGCACCCACUGCAUUUGGGACUUUUCAUGACAUUGAGGGGGAGGGGGAGUUGUGCACUGUCAUACAAAAAAUGAUUGCAGCAGCACGUCGAAAAUAAAACCCGAGCGAACGACGACGCGGGCAGCGAGACUACAAAGAGCUACCGAGUUGCUGCACCAGGGCAGAGGAAGCAAGCUGAUCCACGCGGAACAAAACAGUGUCGAAGACAAGGAAGAGGAUCACCCUUCGCAAGUACUACAACCACAAGCCUGCCACGACAAAAACUCAUCUGUGAACAACUUCGACGUUCGGACAGGCGGGCGGAGAUCCAUCCUCAAUCUGUUUCCCAGUCUGAAACCCGGAUCUGGCUAUCGUUUGUUUAGGGCCUUGCACAAUUUCGGGUCCAAGUGGCGCGAUCGGGUCUGGAAAGCCAUCGACCUGCGGCCGAGCAUCAUGGUACAAGGGAUAGUACGACCUAGUAGACUGAAUUUGGAAAUCGUUUCUAAUGUUGCGUCAGAUUGUUGUAUUUUAUGAUUUUUCUUGUCCGGACUGCUGCUUCUUGGUUUUGACAAAACGCUUUAUUUCGAUACUGUUUCAAGAAGCACGUGGAAAACAAAGGAUAAGGAUUGAACUACAUCAAUGUACCUCAUUGAUCUACAGCGCCGAGGGUCCUCGUCGAAACAGUCCAAGUAUUCCGGUGUGGUGCGGAGCACCGACUACAUUCUUGACGCAAGGAAAUUGGAAUGCAUGUUGAACGAAGAAGCGCGAAUGGAGUACGAGGACGAGGUUUCUACUUUCAUAUCCACAAAAAAGCUGUUUCACUGUAAACUUGUAAUGCAGAAAAUGCAUCUCAGAACUGUUUGCCUUGCUACAGAUGCAAGACAGUUGAUUUUUAGCUGUGUUUUCCCUACGGAGCCUCGCAUGGCAAAUUUUAUUCUCUGUCAUAUAAAACAAACUUGUGAUGCAAAACUUGGAAAAUCCUUUUACAGUGAAACACUUUUUAACUGCGAUAUUUCAGGCACGACAAGAAGUUUUCCAUCGUCCAUCACGCUGGGACCACCACGACGGAUUCUGCGACCUCUCGGCCCAGUUUUUUGCAAAAUAAAGGAAAAGACAAUCAUGCCGGCGCGGGCGGGUGCGGGGCGAACAGGGCGGCGUCGAAAACAGACGUGAGCAGUUCUUCUUCCUCUUGUUCGUCUUCCUCUUCUUCGGCAACUGGCUCUUCUGAGCCGAGCGCGGCGGACAAGAACAAUCGAAACAAGAAAAAGAAGAACAAACAGGACAAGAAGAAAGACGGUUUUGCUACUUUCCUUGCCGGCUUCAGUGGCUUCGUGGUUCGGUGA